UCUGCUCAACCCAGAGAAGCAGCCGCACAGAAAAAAAAAAGAGGUUAAAAUCAACCCGGAGCAGAAGCGGGAGGGAGAAGGGGGGGAGAGAAAACGCCCUGGAAGUCUGGUUGAUCGAGAAAUAGGAAAGGAGUGACAGAGUCCUUACAGACUGCGAAGUUGAGACAGUGCGAAAGUGCUUUUCUUGGGCUGGGGAGAAGGGGACACGUUUUUCAAGGAUGCUCAAGCUGGUGUGAGGCUUCUUGGGCGCAAAGGCUGCGCACAGAAGUCAAGAGACGGAUCGGACUAAAGCCCUUGGCUUUGCUUGAGCAAUCCAAGGAAAACAAAAACAGAGUUUCCAUUACACCAGGGCUGGAAUAAAGAAACACAAAAUCAAGAUGGCUGAUGAAGAGGACACCAGAGAGGUGCUCUUUCCAGACUGGGAAGGUCCAGACAAAACUGGCUUGACCAUUGAACAGACAAGUGAAGGAGAGAUCUUUGUUAAGGAGGUAAAAGGAGAGUCACCAGCAGCACGAUCUGGAAAAGUCUAUGAAGGUGACCAGAUUGUGGGUGCCACAAUUUACUUUGAUAACAUGAGCUCUCAAGAAACAGCAGAGCUUCUGAAGACACUGAACCGACACAAGGUUGGACUGAAACUACAAAACAAAGGAGACAAAUCCCCUUGCUACUCGCCCUUGAGCACACCAUGUCGUUCGCCAAUGGGCACCCUUACGUGGGAAGGCAAGACCCGCUUUGGAGGUUCCAGUCCAGACAUCAUUCUUAGUGGGGAUGAUGAGGAUUACAAGAGAAUAUACACAAAAAAGAUUAAACCAAGACUGAAGUCUGAAGACCUUGCAGAGGGAGUAGAUGUUCGCACAGAACGACAUAGCAGCACGAGCAGCGAUGGCAGCACAAUUACUACCAUCACUCGCCGUAUCACUACCUAUACAGUGGAUAUGCCGAGUGGCAUCAGUGAGCAACUUGAACUUUCAAGCCCAGACUUCAAAGGGCUACGGCAUGAUUCUGGAGAUGGCUCACCUCGUAUCCGAAUCUCACAUGGGAGCCCUUCAGGUAAAGUGGGAGCAGAAGAGGGAGUUUUUGAGUCAAGCAAUAUAACUUACACUGUGCCAAAAGUUAGCUCCACUGAGACACACUGGGGUAGUGGGGGACUUCAAACCACAAAAAAUUUAAGAGAGGAAAAAGAAAGUACGGAUCUUAGAUUUAAAGGGCCUAACUUUGGAGUGACCAUAGCUAAAGGCCAGGAAAGCUUUGAAAUCUCGAGAGGGAGUGGAGAGGAAGGACAUGGAAGUAUUCAGGUUUCUGACACGAACAUGACACUAAGAGACAGCACAAACACUGGCAGUAGGCAUGUUACAAUAAGAGGGAGUGGCAUUGUAGCUGAUGAAAAUGGAGGGUCUUUUGGUCCUGUGGGAAAUUUUGGUCUCAAUCUAGGUGAGGGGAAAAAAGUGAAGAUGCCUGAAUUUACCAUCAACCAACCACAGACAAAGGGGAUAGGUAGCACAGAUAGAACAGGAGGAUCAACAAUCACAUUAGGCAAUGUUACCACAGGAUAUUCCUCAGUGCCAGGAAAGAUUUCAGUGACAGGUAUGGAUGAUAAUGUUACAGGUCCAAAGUUGAAAGGUGAGAUUGAUAUCAACCUGACAGACACAACAAGAGGAAUUAAAGAUGCUGAAUCAGUCAUUGAAGUUCCAGGAUACAAAACAGAGGGCAGUGUGAGUGGCAUAAAAACAUCAACAAUCAAGAUCCAAGCCAAGGGACCGAAAGUUGAUACAAAAUCUCCUGCAGUUGAUGUUAACACAACAGAGGUUUCUAGUAAAAUCAAGGAUGCAGGUGCAAAAGUCAAAGGACCAGAAGUAAAUGUCAACCUUACAAAAGCUGACACUGAAACCAUAGCACCAGGAGUAAAACUAAGUGGACCAGGCCUUGACACAGAGGGUCCUAGCUGUAAGAUAAAAGGACCAACCAUUUCAGGACCUAAAAUCUCUAUGACAGAUGUGGAUUCACAUCUGAAAGGCCCCAAACUCAAAGCUGGCUUGGAUGUGACAGCUCCACAGAUUGUGGGAGACAUGUCAACACCCGGUGCCAACAUCGAGGCUCCAGAGGUUGACAUUAAAGGUUCUGGAUUUGACAUGCCUAAAAUCAAAAUGCCAUCAUUUAGCAUCAAAGGUCAAAAGGUGGAGGGCCCAGAUGUAAAGGCACCUAAGUUUGAAGUAAAAAGCCCAGAUGUUGAUGCAGAAGGUCCUGAUGCAACCCUCACACUGCCAUCGUUGUCAGGACCAAAGCUACCAGACUGGAAUAUUAAUCAAAAAGGACCACAAAUUAAAGGAGAUGUUGAUGUAUCUGUUCCAAAGAUUGAGGGGGGUAUAAAAGCACCCAAGGUGGACAUCAAAGGAACAGAUGUUGACAAUGAGAUAAACAAAGAAGGAUUUAAAAUGCCUAAAUUCAAAAUGCCAUCCUUUGGGAUGAAAGGCCCAAAUGUCGAAGGACCAGAAGUGGAUGUGAGCCUACCUAAAGCUGACAUUGAUAUCAAAGCACCAGAAGUAAAACUGAGCGGACCAGACCUUGACAUUGAGAGUUCUAGUGGAAAGAUCAAAGGACCAAAAUUCAGCAUGCCAACAAUUUCAGGACCUAAAAUUUCGAUGCCAGAUGUGGAUUUAAAUCUGAAAGCUCCUACACUCAAAGGUGAUGUGGAUAUGUCAGCUCCAAAGACAGAAGGGGACAUGUCAUUACCUAAAGUCGACAUCAAGGGUCCGGAGGUGGACAUUGAAGGUCCUAAAGGAGGAAUUAAAAUGCCCAAGUUCAAAAUGCCAUCCAUUGGGAUUAAAGGUCCAAAUGUUGAAGGGCGGAAAGUUGAUGUCAGUCUUCCCGAAGCUGAAAUUGAUAUUAAAGGACCGGAGGUAGACAUAAAAGAACCAGACCUUGCCAUUGAAAGUCCAAGCGGAAAGAUCAAAGGACAGAAAUUUAGCAUGCCAACCAUUUCAGGACCUAAAAUCUCCAUGCCAGGUGGGGACUUCAAUCUAAAAGGCCCCACACUUAAAGGUGGUGUGGAUGUUAAAGCUCCAAAGAUUGAAGGAGACAUCUCAGUACCUGAUGUAGACAUCAAGGGGCCAGAAGUUGACACUGAAGGUCCAAACGGUGGAUUUGAGAUGCCUAAAAUCAAAAUGCCAUCAUUUGGAAUUAAAGGUCCAACAGUGGAGGGCCCAGAUGCUGAUGUGACUCUUCCAAAGGCAAAUAUUAAUAUGAGGGCACCAGAGGUUGACAUUGAAGGCCCAGAAGUUGAUGUUGAAGGCAGUGAUGCUAAAUUUAAAGGGCCCAAAAUCAAGCUACCUUCAUUGUCAGGACCCAAGCUACCAGACAUUAAUUUGAAAGGGCCCAAACUUAAAGGAGAUGCUGAUGUGUCUGUUCCAAAGAUUGAAGGGGACAUAAAAGCGCCAAAGAUAGACAUUGAGGGACCGAAUGUUGACAUUGAGGGGCACAAAGGAGGUUUUAAAAUGCCUAAAUUCAAAAUGCCCUCCUUCGGGAUGAAAGGUCCAGAUGUUGAAGGACCUGAAGUGGAUGUCAGUCUACCGAAAGCUGACAUUGAUGUUAAAGCACCAGAAGUAGAUUUAAGGGGACCAGACCUUGAUGUAGAGGGUCCUAGCGGAAAGAUCAAAGGACCAAAAUUCAACAUGCCGACCAUUUCAGGACCUAAAAUCUCCAUGCCAGAUGUGGAUUUCCACCUGAAAGGCCCCAAACUGAAAGGUGAUGUGGAUGUGAAAGCUCCAAAGAUUGAAGGAGACAUGUCAGUACCAGAAAUAGACAUCAAGGGAGCAGAGGUGGACAUUGAAGGGCCUAAAGGUGGAUUUGAGAUGCCUAAAAUCAAAAUGCCAUCCUUUGGAAUCAAAGGUCCAAAAGUGGAGGGGCCAGAUGUUGAAGUAAAUCUUCCAAAGGCAAAUAUUGACAUAAAGGCACCAGAGGUUGAUAUUGAAGGUCCAGAUAUUGAUGUUGAAGGCCCUGAUGCAAAACUCAAAGGAUCCAAAUUCAAGCUACCUUCAAUAUCAGGACCCAAGCUACCAGACAUUAAUCUGAAAGGGCCUGGAAUAAAAGGAGACGCUGCUGUGCCUGUUCCAAAGAUUGAGGGGGACAUAAAAGCCCCAAAGAUAGACAUUGAAGGACCAGAUGUUGACAUUGAAGGUCCUAAAGGUGGAUUUAAAAUGCCUAAAUUCAAAAUGCCAUCUUUCGGGAUAAAAGGUCCAGGUGUUGAAGGUCCGGAAGUGGAGGGCCCAGAGGUUGAUGUGAAUCUUCCAAAGGCAAGUAUUGAUGUAAAGGCACCAGAGGUUGACAUUGAAGGCCCAGAUGUUGACAUUGAGGGGCACAAAGGAGGAUUUAAAAUGCCUAAAUUCAAAAUGCCAUCCUUUGGGAUGAAAGGUCCAAAUGUUGAAGGGCCAGAAGUAGAUGUCAGCCUUCCUACAGCUGAUAUUGAUAUCAAAGCACCCGAAGUAAAACUAAGUGGACCAGAUCUUGACAUUGACAGCCCUAGUGGAAAGAUCAAAGGACCAAAAUUCAACAUGCCGACCAUUUCAGGCCCUAAAAUCUCCAUGCCAGAUGUGGAUUUCAAUCUUAAAGGCCCCAAACUAAAAGGAGGUGUGGAUGUGAAAGCUCCAAAGAUUGAAGGAGACAUGUCAGUGCCUGAUGUAGACAUCAAGGGUCCAGAGGUAGACAUUGAAGCACCAGACGUUGAUAUUGAAGGGCACAAAGGAGGAUUUAAGAUGCCUAAAUUUAAAAUGCCAUCCUUCGGGAUGAAAGGUCCAGAUGUUGAAGGUCCGAAUGAUGUCAACCUUCCAAGCUGACAUUGAUAUCAAAGCACCAGAAGUAGAUGUAAGGGACCAGACCUUGACAUAGAGGGUCCUAGCGGAAAGAUCAAAGGGCCAAAAUUCAACAUGCCACCAUUUCGACCUAAAAUCUCCAUGCCAGAUGUGGAUUUCAAUCUUAAAGGCCCCAAACUAAAAGGAGGUGUGGAUGUGAAAGCUCCAAAGAUUGAAGGAGACAUGUCAGUGCCUGAUGUAGACAUCAAGGGUCCAGAGGUUGAUAUUGAAGGUCCUAAAGGUGGAUUUGAGAUGCCUAAAAUCAAAAUUCCAUCCUUUGGGAUUAAAAGUCCAAAAGUGGAGGGCCCAGAUGUUGACAUAAAUCUUCCAAAAGCAAGUGUUGAUGUAAAGGCACCAGAGGUUGACAUUGAAGGCCCAGAUAUUGAUGUUGAAGGCCCUGAUGCAAAACUCAAAGGACCCAAAUUCAAGCUACCUUCAAUAUCAGGACCCAAGCUACCAGAUAUUAAUUUGAAAGGGCCCAAAAUAAAGGGAGACGUUGAUGUGUCUGUCCCAAAGAUUGAAGGGGACAUAAAAACUCCAAAGGUAGACAUUGAAGCACCAGACGUUGAUAUUGAAGGGCACAAAGGAGGAUUUAAGAUGCCUAAAUUUAAAAUGCCAUCCUUCGGGAUGAAAGGUCCAGAUGUUGAAGGUCCGGAAGUGGAUGUCAACCUUCCGAAAGCUGACAUUGAUAUCAAAGCACCAGAAGUAGAUGUAAGGGGACCAGACCUUGACAUAGAGGGUCCUAGCGGAAAGAUCAAAGGGCCAAAAUUCAACAUGCCAACCAUUUCAGGACCUAAAAUCUCCAUGCCAGAUGUGGAUUUCAAUCUGAAAGGCCCCAAACUGAAAGGUGAUGUGGAUGUGAAAGCUCCAAAGAUUGAAGGAGACAUGUCAGUACCUGAUGUAGACAUCAAGGGUCCAGAGGUCGAUAUCGAAGGUCCUAAAGGUGGAUUUGAGAUGCCUAAAAUCAAAAUACCAUCAUUUGGAAUCAAAGGUCCAAAAGUGGAGGGCCCAGAUGUUGAUAUAAAUCUUCCAAAAGCAAGUGUUGAUGUAAAGGCACCAGAGGUUGACAUUGAAGGCCCAAAUGUUGACAUUGAGGGGCACAAAGGAGGAUUUAAAAUGCCUAAACUCAAAAUGCCAUCCUUUGGGAUGAAAGGUCCAAAUGUUGAAGGACCAGAAGUGGAUGUUAGCCUACCAAAAACUGACAUUGAUGUUAAAGCACCACAAGUAAAUGUAAAGGGACCAGAUCUUGACAUUGACGCUCCUAGCGGAAAGAUCAAAGGGCCGAAAUUCAACAUGCCGUCAAUUUCAGGACCUAAAAUCUCCAUGCCAGAUGUGGAUUUCCAUCUGAAAGGCCCCAAACUGAAAGGUGAUGUGGAUGUGAAAGCUCCAAAGAUUGAAGGAGACAUGUCAGUACCAGAAGUAGAUAUCAAGGGUCCAGAGUUUGACAUUGAAGGUCCCAAAGGUGGAUUUGAGAUGCCUAAAAUCAAAAUGCCAUCAUUUGGCAUCAAAGGUCCAAAAGUGGAGGGGCCAGAUGUUGAUGUAAAUCUUCCAAAGGCAAAUAUUGACAUAAAGACACCAGAGGUCGAUAUUGAAGGCCCAGAUAUUGAUGUUGAAGGCCCUGAUGCCAAACUAAAAGGAUCCAAGUUCAAGCUUCCUUCAAUAUCAGGACCCAAGUUACCAGAUAUCAAUUUGAAAGGGCCCAAACUUAAAGGAGAUGUUGAUGUCUCUGUUCCAAAGAUUGAAGGGGACAUAAAAACUCCAAAGUUAGACAUUGAAGGACCAGAUGUUGACAUUGAGGGGCACAAAGGAGGAUUUAAAAUGCCUAAAUUCAAAAUGCCAUCCUUUGGGAUGAAAGGUCCAAAUGUUGAAGGGCCAGAAGUAGAUGUCAGCCUUCCUAAAGCUGAUAUUGAUAUCAAAGCACCAGAAGUAAAACUAAGUGGACCAGAUCUUGACAUAGAGGGUCCUAGCGGAAAGAUGAAAGGACCAAAAUUCAAUAUGCCGACCAUUUCAGGACCUAAAAUCUCCAUGCCAGAUGUGGAUUUCAACCUUAAAGGCCCCAAACUAAAAGGUGGUGUUGACGUGAAAGCUCCAAAGAUUGAAGGAGACAUGUCAGUACCAGAAGUAGAUAUAAAGGCACCAGAGGUUGACAUUGAAGGGCCAGAUGUUGAUAUUGAGGGGCACAAAGGAGGAUUUAAAAUGCCUAAACUCAAAAUGCCAUCCUUUGGGAUGAAAGGUCCAAAUCUCGAAGGACCAGAAGUGGAUGUGAGCCUACCGAAAGCUGACAUUGAUGUGAAAGCACCCGAAGUAGACAUCAAAAGACCAGACCUUGACAUAGAGGGUCCUAGCGGAAAGAUAAAAGGACCAAAAUUCAAUAUGCCAACCAUUUCAGGCCCUAAAAUCUCCAUGCCAGAUGUGGAUUUCAAUCUUAAAGGCCCCAAACUGAAAGGAUGUGUGGAUGUGAAAGCUCCAAAGAUUGAAGGAGACAUGUCAGUACCUGAAGUAGACAUCAAGGGUCCAGAGGUUGACAUUGAAGGUCCUAAAGGCGGAUUUGAGAUGCCAAAAAUCAAAAUGCCAUCAUUUGGCAUUAAAGGUCCAAAGGUGGAGGGGCCAGAUGUUGAUGUAAAACUUCCAGAUGCAAGUAUUGAUGUAAAGGCACCGAAAGUUGACAUUGAAGGCCCAGAUGUUGACAUUGAGGGGCACAAAGGAGGCUUUAAAAUGCCUAAACUCAAAAUGCCAUCUUUUGGGAUGAAAGGUCCAAAUGUUGAAGGACCAGAAGUGGAUGUCAGCCUGCCGAAAGCUGACAUUGAUGUGAAAGCACCAGAAGUGGAUGUAAGGGGACCAGACCUUGACAUAGAGGGUCCUAGCGGAAAGAUCAAAGGGCCAAAAUUCAACAUGCCAACCAUUUCAGGACCUAAAAUCUCCAUGCCAGAUGUGGAUUUCCAUCUGAAAGGCCCCAAACUAAAAGGUGAUGUGGAUGUGAAAGCUCCAAAGAUUGAAGGAGACAUGUCAGUGCCUGAUGUAGACAUCAAGGGUCCAGAGGUCGAUAUUGAAGGUCCUAAAGGUGGAUUUGAGAUGCCUAAAAUCAAAAUGCCAUCAUUUGGUUUCAAAGGUCCAAAAGUGGAGGGCCCAGAUGUUGAUGUAAAACUUCCAAAAGCAAGUGUUGAUGUAAAGGCACCAGAGGUUGACAUUGAAGGACCAGAAGUUGACAUUGAGGGAUACAAGGGAGGCUUUAAAAUGCCUAAACUCAAAAUGCCAUCCUUUGGGAUGAAAGGUCCAAAUGUUGAAGGACCAGAAGUGGAUGUUAGUCUACCGAAAGCUGACAUUGAUGUUAAAGUACCAGAAGUGGAUGUAAAGGGACCAGACCUUGACAUAGAGGGUCCUAGCGGAAAGAUCAAAGGGCCAAAAUUCAACAUGCCAACCAUUUCAGGGCCUAAAAUCUCCAUGCCAGAUGUGGAUUUCCAUCUGAAAAGCCCCAAACUGAAAGGUGAUGUGGAUGUGAAAGCUCCAAAGAUUGAAGGAGACAUGUCAGUGCCUGAUGUAGACAUCAAGGGUCCAGAGGUCGAUAUUGAAGGUCCUAAAGGUGGAUUUGAGAUGCCUAAAAUCAAAAUGCCAUCAUUUGGUUUCAAAGGUCCAAAAGUGGAGGGCCCAGAUGUUGAUGUAAAACUUCCAAAAGCAAGUGUUGAUGUAAAGGCACCAGAGGUUGACAUUGAAGGACCAGAAGUUGACAUUGAGGGAUACAAGGGAGGCUUUAAAAUGCCUAAACUCAAAAUGCCAUCCUUUGGGAUGAAAGGUCCAAAUGUUGAAGGACCAGAAGUGGAUGUUAGUCUACCGAAAGCUGACAUUGAUGUUAAAGUACCAGAAGUGGAUGUAAAGGGACCAGACCUUGACAUAGAGGGUCCUAGCGGAAAGAUCAAAGGGCCAAAAUUCAACAUGCCAACCAUUUCAGGGCCUAAAAUCUCCAUGCCAGAUGUGGAUUUCCAUCUGAAAGGCCCCAAACUGAAAGGUGAUGUGGAUGUGAAAGCUCCAAAGAUUGAGGGAGACAUGUCAGUGCCUGAUGUAGACAUCAAGUGUCCAGAGGUUGACAUUGAAGGACCAGAUGUUGACAUUGAGGGGCACAAAGGAGGAUUUAAAAUGCCUAAACUCAAAAUGCCAUCCUUUGGGAUGAAAGGUCCAAAUCUCGAAGGACCAGAAGUGGAUGUGAGCCUCCCGAAAGCUGACAUUGAUGUGAAAGCACCCGAAGUAGACAUCAAAGGACCAGACCUUGACAUAGAGGGUCCUAGCGGAAAGAUCAAAGGACCAAAAUUCAAUAUGCCAACCAUUUCAGGCCCUAAAAUCUCCAUGCCAGAUGUGGAUUUCAAUCUUAAAGGCCCCAAACUGAAAGGAGGUGUGGAUGUGAAAGCUCCAAAGAUUGAGGCAGACAUGUCAGUACCGGACAUCGACAUAAAGGGUCCAGAGGUUGACAUUGAAGGUCCUAAAGGUGGAUUUGAGAUGCCCAAAAUCAAAAUGCCUUCAUUUGGGUUCAAAGGUCCAAAAGUUGAAGGGCCAGACCUUGACAUCAACCUGCCCAAUGCUGAUAUAGAUGUCAAAGGCCCUAAUGCUAACAUUGAAGUACCUAAAGUUGAUAUUGAAGGUUCAGAUGGAAAACUAAAAGGAACAAAGUUCAAGCUGCCAUCAGUGUCUGGACCUAAAUUGCCCGAUGUUGACCUUCACCUGAAAGGACACAAAAUGAAGGGAGGUGUGUCAGUUCCAGAGAUUGAAGGAAACCUCAAAACCCCUGAGGGAGAAAUUGAAGGUCCGAACCUUGACUUUGAAUCACCAGAAGGAAAACUAACUGGGCCAAAGUUCAAGUUACCCACAAUAUCUGGACCCAAAAUGUCACUGCCAGAUGUUGACAUCAGUCUGAAGGGGCCGAAAUCAAAGGGUGAUUUGAAAGGGGAUCUUCAGUUACCAAAAGGUGAACUUGAUGUACCAGAUGUUACAACUGAUGUUCCAGACAUUGGCUCAAAGAAAUCAAAGUUCAAAAUGCCCAAGUUUGGAUUUAAGGGUCCAAAAGUAAAGGCCCCAGAAACCGAUGUAAAACUGGUACAAGGAGAUAUCAACUUGAAAGGGAAAACUGGUAGUUCUGAAGGUCUUGAUCUUGAUAUGGGAUUGACUGGUCCAAAAACUAAAGGAACCAAAUUUAAGAUGCCAAAAUUUGGCUUCAAAGGCCCAAAGGCUGAAAUGACAGAAUCUGGAGCAGAACUAAAAAUACCAGACAUCAACGCCGAAGGACCAGAAAUUGAAGGUGGCAGUCCAAGUGGAAAACUUAAAGGAUUUAAGAUGCCAACUUUCUCAGGACCAAAACUUUCCAUGCCAGAUGUAGACUUCAACCUGAAAAGUCCAAAAGUCAAAGGUGAUGUUGAUUUGUCAAUUCCAACAAUUGAAGGCCCAGAUGUUGAGAUAAACCUUCCAAAGGCAAGUGCUGAUUUAAAGGCACCAGAGGUUGACAUUAAAGGCCCAGAAGUCGAGGUGGAAGGUCCUGAUGCCAAACUAAAAGGACCCAAAAUCAAACUACCAUCAAUAUCAGGACCCAAAAUGCCAGAUUGGGAUAUUAAUCUGAAAGGCCCAAAAAUAAAAGGUGAUGUGGAUGUGUCUGUUCCUAAGAUUGAAGGUGACAUUAAAGCUCCAAAAGUGGAUAUAGAAGGACCAGAUGUUGAAAUUGAGGGCCAGAAAGGAGGAUUUAAAAUGCCUAAAUUCAAAAUGCCAUCCUUUGGAAUGAAAGGUCCAGAUGUUGAAGGUCCGGAAGUAGAUCUCAGCCUACCGAAAGCUGACAUAGAUGUGAAAGCACCAGAAGUAGACAUAAAAGGACCAGACCUUGAUAUAGAGGGUCCUAGCGGAAAGAUCAAAGGACCAAAAUUCAAUAUGCCAACCAUUUCAGGACCUAAAAUCUCCAUGCCAGAUGUGGAUUUCAAUCUUAAAGGUCCCAAACUGAAAGGCGAUGUUGAUGUAAAAGCCCCAAAGAUUGAAGGAGACAUGUCAGUACCUGAUGUAGACAUCAAGGGUCCAGAGGUCGACAUUGAAGGUCCUAAAGGUGGAUUUGAAAUGCCUAAAUUCAAAAUGCCAACAUUUGGUUUCAAAGGUCCAAAAGUUGAAGGGCCAGAUGUUGACCUCAGCCUUCCUGAAGCUGACAUCGAUGUUAAAGCACCUAAAAUGGACAUCAAAGGGGCUGACAUUGAUAUUGACAGCCCUAGUGGGAAGAUCAAAGGACCAAAGUUCAACAUGCCAUCAAUUUCAGGACCUAAAAUCUCCAUGCCAGAUAUGGAUUUCCAUCUAAAGGGCCCCAAACUGAAAGGUGAUGUGGAUGUGAAAGCUCCAAAGAUUGAAGGAGAUAUGUCAUUGCCUGAAGUUGACAUCAAGGGUCCGGAGGUCGAUAUUGAAGGUCCUAAAGGUGGAUUUGAGAUGCCAAAGAUCAAAAUGCCAUCAAUAUCAGGGCCCAAAUUGCCAGACUGGGAUAUUAAUCUGAAAGGCCCUAAAGUAAAAGGAGAUGUCGAUGUCUCUGUUCCAAAAAUUGAAGGUGACAUAAAAGCCCCAAAGGUGGACAUUGAAGGUCCUGAUGUUGACAUUGAUGGUCAAAAGGGAGGAUUUAAAAUGCCUAAAUUCAAAAUGCCAACAUUUGGGUUCAAAGGUCCAAAUGUUGAAGGGCCAGAUGUUGACCUCAACCUUCCUGAAGCUGACAUUGAUGUUAAAACGCCUAAAAUGGACAUCAAAGGUGCUGAGAUUGACAUUGACAGCCCUAGUGGAAAGAUCAAAGGACCAAAAUUCAACAUGCCAUCAAUUUCAGGACCUAAAAUCUCCAUGCCAGAUGUGGAUUUCCAUCUAAAAGGCCCCAAACUGAAAGGUGAUGUGGAUGUGAAAGCUCCAAAGAUUGAAGGAGACAUGUCAGUACCGGAAGUAGACAUCAAGGGUCCAGAGCUUGACAUUGAAGGUCCUAAAGGUGGAUUUGAGAUGCCUAAAAUCAAAAUGCCAUCAUUUGGCAUUAAAGGUCCAAAGGUGGAGGGCCAAGAUGUUGAUGUAAAACUUCCAGAUGCAAGUAUUGAUGUAAAGGCACCAAAAGUUGACAUUGAAGGCCCAGACAUUGAUGUUGAAGGCCCUGAUGCAAAACUCAAGGGACCCAAAAUCAAAAUGCCGUCAAUAUCAGGACCCAAAAUGCCAGAUUGGGACAUCAAUCUGAAAGGGCCUAAAAUAAAAGGAGAUGUAGAUGUAUCUGUCCCAAAGAUUGAAGGUGACAUAAAAGCCCCAAAGAUAGACAUUGAAGGACCAGAUGUUGACAUUGAUGGACACAAAGGAGGAUUUAAAAUGCCUAAAUUUAAAAUGCCAUCCUUUGGGAUGAAAGGUCCAAAGGUUGAAGGGCCAGAUGUGGAUGUCAGCCUUCCUGAAGCUGACAUAGAUAUUAAAACACCUAAAAUGGACAUCAAAGGUGUAGACAUUGACAUUGACAGCCCUAGUGGAAAGAUCAAAGGACCAAAGUUCAACAUGCCAUCAAUUUCAGGACCUAAAAUCUCCAUGCCAGAUGUGGAUUUCCAUCUAAAGGGCCCCAAACUGAAAGGUGAUGUGGAUGUGAAAGCUCCAAAGAUAGAAGGAGACCUGUCAGUACCGGAAGUAGACAUCAAGGGUCCAGAGGUUGAUAUUGAAGGUCCUAAAGGUGGAUUUGAGAUGCCAAAAAUCAAAAUGCCAUCAUUUGGCAUCAAAGGUCCAAAGGUGGAGGGGCCAGAUGUUGAUGUAAAACUUCCAGAUGCAAGUAUUGAUGUAAAGGCACCGAAGGUUGACAUUGAAGGGCCAGGAUUAGAUGUUGAAAGUCCUGAUGCUAAACUAAAAGGACCCAAAAUCAAAAUGCCAUCAAUAUCAGGACCCAAAAUGCCAGACUGGGACAUUAACCUGAAAGGGCCCAAAAUAAAAGGAGAUGUGGAUGUAUCUGUCCCAAAGAUUGAAGGUGACAUAAAAGCCCCAAAGAUAGACAUUGAAGGACCAGAGGUUGACAUUGAUGGACACAAAGGAGGAUUUAAAAUGCCUAAAUUUAAAAUGCCAUCCUUUGGGAUGAAAGGUCCAAAAGUUGAAGGGCCAGAUGUUGACCUCAGCCUUCCUGAAGCUGACAUCGAUGUUAAAGCACCUAAAAUGGACAUCAAAGGUGCAGACAUUGACAUUGACAGCCCUAGUGGAAAGAUCAAAGGACCAAAGUUCAACAUGCCAUCAAUUUCAGGACCUAAAAUCUCUAUGCCAGAUGUGGAUUUCCAUCUAAAAGGCCCCAAACUGAAAGGUGAUGUGGAUGUGAAAGCUCCAAAGAUUGAAGGAGACCUGUCAGUACCAGAAGUAGACAUCAAGGGUCCAGAGGUUGAUAUUGAAGGUCCUAAAGGUGGAUUUGAGAUGCCAAAAAUCAAAAUGCCAUCAUUUGGCAUCAAAGGUCCAAAGGUGGAGGGGCCAGAUGUUGAUGUAAAACUUCCAGAUGCAAGUAUUGAUGUAAAGGCACCGAAAGUUGACAUUGAAGGCCCGGAAUUAGAUGUUGAAGGUCCUGAUGCUAAACUAAAAGGACCCAAAAUCAAAAUGCCAUCAAUAUCAGGACCCAAAAUGCCAGACUGGGACAUUAACCUGAAAGGGCCCAAAAUAAAAGGAGAUGUAGAUGUAUCUGUCCCAAAGAUUGAAGGUGACAUAAAAGCCCCAAAGAUAGACAUCGAAGGACCAGAUGUUGACAUUGAUGGUCACAAAGGAGGAUUUAAAAUGCCUAAAUUUAAAAUGCCAUCCUUUGGGAUGAAAGGUCCAAAGGUUGAAGGGCCAGAUGUGGAUGUCACCCUUCCUGAAGCUGACAUAGAUAUUAAAACACCUAAAAUGGACAUCAAAGGUGCGGACAUUGACAUUGACAGCCCUAGUGGAAAGAUCAAAGGACCAAAGUUCAACAUGCCAUCCAUUUCAGGACCUAAAAUCUCCAUGCCAGAUGUGGAUUUCCAUCUAAAGAGCCCCAAACUGAAAGGUGAUGUGGAUGUGAAAUCUCCAAAGAUAGAAGGAGACCUGUCAGUACCAGAAGUAGACAUCAAGGGUCCAGAGGUUGAUAUUGAAGGUCCUAAAGGUGGAUUUGAGAUGCCAAAAAUCAAAAUGCCAUCAUUUGGCAUUAAAAGCCCAAAGGUUGAGGGGCCAGAUGUUGAUGUAAAACUUCCAGAUGCAAGUAUUGAUGUAAAGGCACCAAAGCUUGAUAUUGAAGGCCCAGACAUUGAUGUUGAAGGCCCUGAUGCAAAACUCAAGGGACCCAAAUUCAAACUACCUUCAAUAUCAGGACCCAAAAUGCCAGACUGGGACAUCAAUCUCAAAGGGCCCAAAAUAAAAGGAGAUGUGGAUGUUUCUGUUCCAAAAAUUGAGGGAGACAUAAAAGCUCCAAAGGUGGACAUUGAAGGACCAGAUGUUGACAUUGAUGGACACAAAGGAGGAUUCAAAAUGCCUAAAUUUAAAAUGCCAUCCUUUGGAAUGAAAGGCCCAAAUGUUGAAGGGCCAGACGUUGACCUCAGCCUUCCUGAAGCUAACAUUGAUAUUAAAACACCUGAUAUGGACAUCAAAGGUCCUGAGAUUGACAUUGACAGCCCUAGUGGAAAGAUCAAAGGACCAAAGUUCAACAUGCCAUCCAUUUCAGGACCAAAAAUCUCUAUGCCAGAUGUGGAUUUCAAUCUGAAAGGCCCCAAACUGAAAGGUGGUGUGGAUGUGAAAGCUCCAAAGAUUGAAGGAGACCUGUCAGUACCGGAAGUAGAUAUCAAGGGUCCAGAGGUUGACAUUGAAGGUCCUAAAGGUGGAUUUGAGAUGCCAAAAAUCAAAAUGCCAUCAUUUGGAAUCAAAGGUCCAAAGGUGGAGGGGCCAGAUGUUGGUGUAAAACUUCCUGAUACAAAUAUUGAUGUAAAGGCACCAAAAAUUGACAUUAAAGGCCCGGAAUUAGAUAUUGAAAGUCCUGAUGCUAAACUAAAAGGACCCAAAAUCCAACUACCAUCAAUAUCAGGACCCAAAAUGCCAGAUUGGGAUAUCAAUUUGAAAGGUCCGAAAAUCAAAGGUGACGUGGAUGUGUCUGUUCCAAAGAUUGAGGGUGACAUAAAAGCCCCAAAGGUGGACAUUGAAGGACCAGAUGUGGACAUUGAAGGACACAAAGGAGGAUUUAAAAUGCCUAAAUUUAAAAUGCCAUCCUUUGGGUUCAAAGGUCCAAAAGUUGAAGGGCCAGACGUGAACCUCAGCCUUCCUGAAGCUGACAUUGACAUUAAGACGCCUGAUAUGGACAUCAAAGGAGCAGAUAUUGACAUUGACAGCCCUAGUGGAAAGAUCAAAGGUCCAAAAUUCAACAUGCCGUCAAUUUCUGGCCCUAAAAUCUCUAUGCCAGAUGUGGAUUUCAAUCUGAAAGGCCCCAAACUGAAAGGUGGUGUGGAUGUGAAAGCUCCAAAGAUUGAAGGAGACAUGUCAGUACCGGAAGUAGACAUCAAAGGACCAGAGGUUGAUAUUGAAGGUCCUAAAGGUGGAUUUGAGAUGCCUAAAAUCAAAAUGCCAUCGUUUGGCAUAAAAAGUCCAAAAAUGGAGGGACCAGAUGUUGAUGUAAAACUUCCAGAGGCAAAUAUUGAUGUAAAAGCACCAAAGCUUGAUAUUACAGCCCCGGAUUUAGAAGUCGAAAGCCCUGAUGUUAAACUAAAGGGACCAAAAAUGAAAAUGCCAUCAAUAUCAGGACCCAAAAUGCCAGACUGGGAUAUCAAUCUGAAAGGCCCCAAAAUAAAAGGAGAUGUGGAUGUGUCUGUUCCAAAGAUUGAAGGUGACAUAAAAGCCCCAAAGGUGGACAUUGAAGGACCAGAUGUUGACAUUGAAGGACACAAAGGAGGAUUUAAAAUGCCUAAAUUUAAAAUGCCAUCCUUUGGGAUGAAAGGUCCAAAAGUUGAAGGGCCAGAUGUUGACCUCAGCCUUCCUGAAGCUGACAUCGAUGUUAAAGCCACCUAAAUGGACAUCAAAGGUGCAGACAUUGACAUUGACAGUCCUAGUGGAAAGAUCAAAGGACCAAAGUUCAACAUGCCAUCAAUUUCAGGACCUAAAAUCUUGCCAGAUGUGGAUUUCCAAUCUAAAGGCCCCAAACUGAAAGGUGAUGUGGAUGUGAAAGCUCCAAAGAUAGAAGGAGACCUGUCAGUACCGGAAGUAGACAAAGGUCCAGAGGUUGAUAUUGAAGGUCCUAAAGGUGGAUUUGAGAUGCCAAAAAUCAAAAUGCCAUCAUUUGGCAUCAAAGGUCCAAAGGUGGAGGGGCCAGAUGUUGAUGUAAAACUUCCAGAUGCAAGUAUUGAUGUAAAGGCACCGAAGGUUGACAUUGAAGGCCCAGGAUUAGAUGUUGAAAGUCCUGAUGCUAAACUAAAAGGACCCAAAAUCAAAAUGCCAUCAAUAUCAGGACCCAAAAUGCCAGACUGGGACAUUAACCUGAAAGGGCCCAAAAUAAAAGGAGAUGUAGAUGUAUGUCCAAAGAUUGAAGGUGACAUAAAAGCCCCAAAGUGACAUUGAAGGACCAGAUGUUGACAUUGAGGACACAAAGGAGGAUUUAAAAUGCCUAAAUUCAAAAUGCCAUCCUUUGGGAUGAAAGGUCCAAAGGUUGAAGGUCCAGAAGUAGUCAGCCUUCCUGAAGCUGACAUAGAUAUUAAAACACCUAAAAUGGACAUCAAAGGUGCAGACAUUGACAUUGACAGCCCUAGUGGAAAGAUCAAAGGACCAAAGUUCAACAUGCCAUCAAUUUCAGGACCUAAAAUCUCCAUGCCAGAUGUGGAUUUCAAUCUAAAAGGACCCAAAUUAAAAGGUGAUGUGGAUGUGAAAGCUCCAAAGAUUGAAGGAGACCUGUCAGUACCUGAAGUAGACAUCAAAGGUCCAGAGGUUGAUAUUGAAGGUCCUAAAGGUGGAUUUGAGAUGCCUAAAAUCAAAAUGCCAUCAUUUGGCAUUAAAGGUCCAAAGGUUGAGGGGCCAGAAGUUGAUGUAAAACUUCCAGAUGCAAGUAUUGAUGUAAAGGCACCGAAAGUUGACAUUGAAGGCCGAGGCAUUGAUGUUGAAGGCCCUGAUGCAAAACUCAAAGGACCCAAAAUCAAAAUGCCGACAAUAUCAGGACCCAAAAUGCCAGACUGGGACAUAAAUCUGAAAGGGCCUAAAAUAAAAGGAGAUGUAGAUGUGUCUGUUCCAAAGAUUGAAGGUGACAUAAAAGCCCCAAAGGUGGACAUUGCAGGACCAGAUGUUGACAUUGAUGGACACAAAGGAGGAUUUAAAAUGCCUAAAUUUAAAAUGCCAUCAUUUGGAAUGAAAGGUCCAAAUGUUGAAUGUCCGGAAGUGGAUGUCAACCUUCCUAAAGCUGACAUUGAUAUCAAAGGGCCGGAAGUAAAACUAAGUGGACCAGACCUUGACAUUGAGAGUCCUAGUGGAAAGAUCAAAGGACCAAAAUUCAACAUGCCAUCGAUUUCAGGACCUAACAUAUCUAUACCAGAUAUGGAUUUCAACCUCAAAGGCCCCAAACUCAAAGGCGGUAUGGAUGUGAAAGCUCCAAAGAUUGAAGGAGACAUGUCAAUGCCUGAUGCAGAUAUAAAGGGUCCUGAUGUCAAUAUUGAGGGUCCUAAAGGUGGAUUUGAUAUGCCAAAAAUCAAAAUGCCAUCUUUUGGGUUCAAAGGUCCAAAAGUUGAAGGACCAGAUGUUGACCUCACCCUUCCUAAGGCUGAUGUUGAUAUUAAACAUCCCGAAAUGGACAUCAAAGGAGGAGACAUUGAGAUUGGCAGCCCCAGUGGGAAGAUCAAAGGGCCAAAAUUCAACAUGCCAUCCAUUUCAGGACCUAAAAUCUCCAUGCCAGAUGUGGAUUUUAAUCUGAAAGGCCCCGAACUGAAAAGUGGUGUGGAUGUGAAAGCUCCAAAGAUUAAAGGUGACAUGUCACUACCGGAAGUAGACAUCAAAGGUCCAGAGGUGGACAUUGAAGGUCCCAAAGGUGGAUUUGACAUGCCAAAAAUCAAAAUGCCAUCAUUUGGCAUCAAAGGUCCAAAGGUUGAGGGGCCAGAUGUUGAUGUAAAACUUCCAAAGGCAAAUAUUAAUGUCAAUGCACCAGAUGUUGACAUUAAAGGAACGGAUAUUGAUGUCCAAGGUCCCGAUGCAAAACUCAAGGGACCCAAAAUCAAACUACCAUCAAUGACAGGACCCAAAAUGCCAGAUUUUGAUAUUAAUCUGAAAGGCCCGAAAAUAAAAGGAGAUGUGGAUGUGUCUGUUUCAAAGAUUGAAGGUGACAUAAAAGCCCCAAAGGUGGACGUUGAAGGACCAGGCAUUGACAUUGGGGGCCAAAGAGGAAACUUGAAAGGGCCUAAAGUUAAAUUGGAAAUGGAUGCUUCCAUGCCAAAAUUGGAUGUAGAUGUGAAAGGUCCAAAUGCUAACCUUGCCAUUGAUUCUGAAAAGACUGGGGUGACGUUUCCUAAGUUCAAAGGUCCUAAGUUCACAAUGAAAUCCCCAGAAGUAAAUGUGGGAGGAAAAGGGUCUAAGACAGACCUAAGCGUUCCAGUUGCUGAAGCAAGCGUUGAUGCCCCUGAUAUUGAUAUGACUGUAAAGGGGAAAAAGGGAAAAUUUAAACUUCCAAAAAUGAAAGGAAAGUCUAAAAAAACCGAUGCUGACAUGGAAACACCUGCUGUAAACCUGGAUGUUGACACACCCAAUGUUCAUGUAAAAGGAACAAAAGUAAAGAAGCCUCGUUUCGGAAAGCUUCAUUUUCCUGAUGUGGAAUUAGAUAUCAAAUCACCAAAACAUAAAGGGGAUGGAUCUUUAUCUGAGGGAUUUAAGUCAUCCAACAUAGAUAUGCCAUCUGGUAGCAUGAACACUGCCAUUGACUGUGCCAGUACCGGUAGUGCAAAUGUUAAUUUGGGAAGGACAGAUGUGAAAGUAAAGACCACUCAUAUUAAAAGUGAUGCAGAUGUUAGUGCAAGUGUUUCAGGUGAAAGUGCAUCUGGUGGCCUUCAGUAUCCAGAGGGCACAGUAACAAUUCCAAAAAUCAAGGUACCAAAAUUUGGUAUACUUCUGCCUCAAGUGCCUGGCCAGGAAGGUGGAGGAAAAUUUGAACCUGAACUUGCAGCCAGUGGAGACAUAAACAUUCAACCACCAUCUGUUAGCAGCUCACAAACAAUUGACAUUGCCAGUCCAGAAGUGAGACACAGUGAAGGUAAAGUAAAGGUAAAGAUGCCAAAAUUGUUUGGCAAGUCAAAAGCGAAGGGCAGUAGUGCAAGUGACCUUCAUGGACCAGACGUUGAGUUGAGUUCUAGUAGCAAAGGUGGCAAGGCCUCUAAAGAAUUAAAUGUACAUUCUGGGGAAUUGGUGGGUGGAAAAUUAGGACUGGAGGGUGAUCCUGGACUCAGUGUGUCAACUAAAGGCAAGUCAGCCUCACUGGACCUAUUUAAGAAAUCAAGACAUCGGUCUUCUUCUCUGAGUGAUGAAGGUGGACUUGCAGUUAGUUCUCCUUCAGCUCACUUAGAUGCAGAGGGUGGUGACAUUGCAUUAGAUUUAGGAGAAAGCAAGGUCAAGGGAAAGAAAGGCAAGUUGAAGUUUGGAACAUUUGGAGGGUUUGGUUCAAAGUCAAAGGGCUCAUAUGAAGUGAGUCUUGGAGAAGACAGUGAAGCAAGAGUAGAGGGGAGUGCAGGUGUUUCUUUACCUUCCAAAAAAUCAAGAUUGUCUUCAUCCUCAAGCAGUGACAGUGGUUCAAGAAGUGGUUUCAAGUUCCCAAGAGUCGAGCUAUCUGUUUCACCAAAAAAGUGAUUGUGAGGCAAAUUAAACUCUCUUGUGUACACCCACAUUCAUUGUCCUAAUAUAGAAAAAUUCUUUAUAAGAUAAGGGGACAUGCACAGACAUCUCAACAUUGCUAACUAUGAGUAUGUUUUUUCUUAGCAAUUACACCGGUGCAUGAGAAUGUUUAAAAUCCCCUCAAAAUGUAAAUAAGAUUAAUUUGUAUUGUAAUAAUAGAUGUUGUUUUUGUACAUAGUCCAGAUUUAUUGAACAUACACCAUCUCAUGAAAUUUCCACCAAUACUUUAUUAUAGGGCGUGUCCUGUUUCAUUCAAUUAAAAGAAUGUUGUUAUGAAUGGGCUCUAUUACGCAGAUCAUUUACUUACAAUAGUUAUUUUGAAGGAAUAAACACACAUACAGCAUGAACACUUUACAGUUUUUUAACGUAAAAAAUGGUUUUAUUUUCAAGCUUUAAGAAUAUAUAAUCAGUGCAGAAGCAUAUUUACGCAACAUAGAGUUGGCCCUUUAUAACACAUUCUGAAGAGUGAUACUGCUGUAUAUACCAUAAUUGCAAAGACAAUCACUGUUUGGAGAUUCUUUGAAGUGCUGUCAGUAUUUUUCUGGUCAUUUUAAAGAAAAUGUAUCUACUUAAAUACAGUGCUACUUACCACAAAUUGUCUUGUUUAUUUUAAACAAGUUCUGCUUCUUAAAUUAGUUAUUUUCACAGUUUAAGGAUGCUCUGUAUUUUGUUUCGUUUUGUCACUCCAUCUUUGUAUACACACCUUGUGCUUGCAUAUAAAAUGUCACAAAUAAACAGUCACUUUUUGAUGUCAUUUGUUUGCAGACAAAUUUGUGUGACAGAAAGUUGCAUAUUAUUGAUCAAUUAUGAGGGAGAGCAUGUUUUUGGGGUAUAUUCUUUUGUGUGCAUUCUGCUAAAUAAACUAAAUAAAAAGAUUUAUAGUACUAAUGUUUUUUUAAAGCAGAACUUGUCAGUGCCUUAACAUGUAAUAUUAUGAUGAAAAAUUUGAUUAUUACUUAUUUCUGAAUGUGAUAUUCUUGAAUUAUCAUAUGUGUAUGAUAUUAUAACGUCAAGUAUGAGACUUGUCACUUGUUAUACACUUUCACAUCUAAUUAAGAGACAUACUUUAACAGUCAACACCAGAUAAAUGGAGACAAUAAAUGCUGUGUAAAUUUCAUUACAAAUAACACACAAUGUGCUGUGGAUUGUACUAGUCCACUCAUAAAAAGUCCAAAACAUAAAUGAUAUCACAAUGUGUAUAUUAAGUAGAUUCAUGGAGUAUGACAUUCAGAAGUGUUGUUAUUAUCAGAAACAGAAAUGUAAUAAAAUAUAAUAAAAACAAAAA